UAUAUCGUGUAAACCCAGAAUAAAGUAUAUCAGCAGGUAUGUGUGAUAUAGCUCUUGCUUCUAUAGCUUCUUUGAUUAGGUUCUUUAAGCUUGAUGAGUAGAUAGCAGCAUGCUGUAUAUGGUGCUCCUUAUCCAGCUUUUGCUUUGUUGUUCUAGUAAAUAUGACAUGCGCGCGUGUGGAGUCGCCGGGAGAAUAUUAAGUUUACAUGAUUUCAAACGGGUCAUUACGGAAAAGUAUCAUCAUGAUCGGUUGUUUGUUUGUUUGUAUAUGCCUUUAAGUAUAAAAGCAAGCUUCAUCAUAUUUUCCAUCCAAUAUGCGCCGGCCGCAGCUGUUGACAAGCAAGAAGAGCACUGUUUCAAAAGGGCUGGAUCAUGUACUAGUUCUAAGGAGGGUCCUAAAAAAAAGAGGGCGGACAACGGUAAAACGUUUGUUCCCACGAGGCUAUUUAUUCAGCACAUGAUGGCGGAAACCGGACCAAGAGAGGUCAUAAUUUUCCUUUACUGGAAAGAGUUAAUGCAACAUCAUGAUUUUAAAGCGAAGCUAUCGCAGCUGCUGUAAACUAGACCAUAUAGUAGAAAGCCGCAUGACUUUUGUCAGAGAAAAAACUAUCACGAAUAAAAUUUCCAGUAUGCUAGAUGUGAAUUUUAAAUUAAUUACUCUUCGGUGUAGUAGACCGAU